AAAAAGUGAAUCAACAAUCAGCAGGGAGUGGAGCUGUGCAUCCAGAAUUCUACUGGUCUACAAGCAGCAAAGACAAUAUGCCCCUCCCUUCCACACAAUGAAUAUAUUCUGUUACUAUUGGACUGUUUUCAGCUCCUAUAAUCACAAAAUUUAGGGACUGCCAAAAGUUCAUGUAGUUCUGUAACUCAUGUUGAAAACAUUUCAUUAUGCAAUUCUUACUUCUUUACUAUCAGAUGGCUAGUUCUGUAUACAGCUGACUUUUUCAAAGAGCCCAGUAACACACACACAGAUACACACAAACCCUGGCUGUGGAAUCGGACUGUAUUUCAACAGUCCUGAAUCAACGGAGACUACAUAAGCCAGCUUCAGAAGGGGGCCUCUAUUCAGAGCCAUUAUAUGGGUGUAAAGUUCAGAGAGAUGGGGAAAGGCUUCUACAUCAGCAAACCCGUAGCAAUAGCCUGUGUGGUUAUAGCCAUCGCAGCAGUGUCCACUAUCAUAGCCUUGUCUGUGGUGUAUGCCCAGGAAAAGUCAAAGAGCGAAGUGAUACCCACUCCAGACCCCAGCAACCCCCCCUCCACCACCCCUUCUGUUCCAAAGGAGCCCUGGCAGCACUACAGACUCCCAGACUCCCUCCUUCCUGUCUCCUACAAUGUAACCCUGCAGCCCUGGCUGGUGCCUGAUGCAGACGGCCUGUACAUCUUUAAAGGACAGUCAACAGUGGUCUUCAGAUGUGUGAAGGAGACAGACCUCAUCCUCAUUCACUCCAACAAGCUGAAUUUUACCUUCUUUGGGAAAUACCAUGCUGAGCUGAGGGGCCUGAAUGGAGCUGCUGCGCCCCCCAUGACAAACUCCUGGCUGGAGGUCCCAACCCAGUACCUGGUGAUCCAACUCAGCAGCAUGUUGAAAGCUGAGAGCAUGUAUGAGCUCUACACUGAGUUUGUUGGGGAGCUUGCUGAUGACCUUGGAGGAUUCUACAGGAGUGAAUACACAGAAGAUGGGGUGAAAAAAGUUCUGGCCACAACUCAAAUGCAGCCAACAGAUGCCAGGAAAGCUUUUCCCUGCUUUGAUGAACCUGCUAUGAAAGCUGUCUUCCACUUGACUCUCAUUCACCCCCAUGGAACUGUGGCUUUGUCCAACUCCUUGAACUACGAGCCUGUCAAUGUCACUAUAGAGGGCCAGAAUUUAACCCAGACAAGCUUCAGACCCACUGAGGUCAUGUCAAGUUACUUGCUGGCAUUUGUUGUAUGUGAGUUUGACUACAUCAGCUCAGUCUCAGAUACAGGCGUUUUGAUCAGGAUCUGGGCUCGUAGGAAGGCAAUAGCGGAGGGCCAGGGAAACUAUGCCCUUAACAAAACCGGACCAAUACUGUCAUUCUUUGAGGAUUACUAUGACAUUCCCUACCCACUGAACAAGUCAGAUCAAAUUGCUCUGCCUGACUUCAGUGCUGGAGCCAUGGAGAACUGGGGCCUGAUCACUUACAGAGAGACUGCCCUCCUAUAUAAUCCUAGUGUGUCCUCCAAUGGAGAUAAAGAGUGGGUGCUAACAGUCAUCGCCCAUGAACUUGCUCAUAUGUGGUUUGGGAACUUGGUGACCACAAGAUGGUGGAAUGACCUGUGGCUCAAUGAGGGAUUUGCUACAUACGUUUCCUAUCUUGGAGCCAACUAUGGUGAACCGACAUGGAAUUUGAAAGAUUUAAUAGUUAUUAAUGAGAUAACUGGUGUAAUGAAUGUGGAUGCUUUGGCCUCGUCCCAUCCCCUGUCAACAAAAGAAGAGGAGAUCCAGAGGCCUGAGCAAAUCACCGCGCUCUUUGACUCAAUCACUUACAGUAAGGGAGCUGCAGUCCUCAGGAUGCUGUCAGAGUUUAUCACCGAAGAAGUCUUUACCAAAGGGCUCCAUUCAUACUUGGAUGAGCACAAGUACAGCAACACUGUCUACAAAGACCUCUGGGAGCACCUGCAGAUGGCAGUGGAUGCAGCUGGCAUUAACCUGCCUGAGUCUGUGGAGGUCAUCAUGAACCGAUGGAUCCUCCAGAUGGGCUUCCCAGUGGUCACCAUCAACACCCAGACUGGAACAGUCACCCAGAAACACUUCCUAUUAGACCCAGACUCUCCAGUAGACAGACCCUCUCCGUUUAAUUAUGAGUGGAUUGUCCCCAUCACAUGGAUGAAAAGCAGCAGUGCACCUGAGAAACAGUACUGGCUGGUUGAAAAAGAGGGUUCAAACCCUGAAAUGAUCAAUGGUGCAAAUGAGUGGUUGGUCGCUAACAUUAACAUGAAGGGCUUCUAUAGAGUUAACUACGACUCAGAAAACUGGGAACGUCUCCUCACCAAAGUGGCCUCUAGACCUCAGGAUGUUCCUGUAAUCAACCGAGCUCAAAUCAUAGAUGAUGCUUUUAACCUUGCAAGGGCAAAGAUUGUGAACAUAACUCUGGCCCUGAGGACUACCACAUUCCUCAACAAAGAAGUUGAAUACAUGCCUUGGGAAAUGGCCCUGAGCAACCUGGGCUACUUCUACCUGAUGUUUGACCGCAGUGAGGUGUAUGGAGCUAUGCAGGCCUACCUAAAGAAACAAGUCACCCCUCUGUUUGAACACUUUAAAGAUAUCACUGCCAACUGGACUAAAAUCCCUGAAAACCACACUGACCAGUACAACCAGGUGAAUGCUAUCUCCACAGCGUGCAUCAGUGAAGUCAAAGGCUGUAAGGAGCUCACCACUGGCUGGUUCAGAGACUGGAUGAAGAACCCCACUAACAACAUGAUUCCUGCCAACUUGAGGUCCACAGUCUACUGCAAUGCAAUUAAAGCAGGAGGAGUGGAGGAGUGGGACUUUGCAUGGUCUAUGUACAAAAACGCUACCAUCGCCGCAGAGGCUGAAAAACUGAUGUCUGCUUUGUCCUGUACUACACAGCCCUGGCUGCUGAACAGAUAUCUGAAGUAUAGUCUGGACCCAGAAAAGAUCCGUAAACAGGACGCAUCAUACACUAUUGUUAGCAUUGCAAGUAACCCCAUUGGUCAGCCUCUGGCUUGGGACUUUAUCAGAGCCAACUGGGACCGCAUAUACAAUGAGUAUGGAGGUGGAGGAAUGUCUUUCGGAGGACUAAUUAGUGGAGUGACGUGUUAAGUUCUCCACAGAGUUUGAGUACCAACAGCUUGUGCAGUUCAAAGACCAACAUGCUGAAACAGCUUGGUUCAGCCACUGCAUCUCUGGAACAGGCACUGGAGCGUACCAAGGACCAACAUAAAGUGGGUGGACGAGAACAAGCAAGUUGUGUUUGAUUGGUUCCUCAGUGAAACAUCCCCUUCACUGUAGUAACACAAAAAACACUGUCCAUUUUUCAAAUGCAGGGUGUUCUACUUGCGUCCUUCCAGCUAUAACCAAAUGUAUCAUUACAUUUAAUGGGUGUGAGCUUUUUACUAUGAUGUUUUGAUAGAAAAAGAAAAACCUUUUUAUGAAGAUACCAAAAUGUAGUUUUGUAUGUGAGGGAUUUCAAGUCAGACUGUCAAGUGUACACUGUAAUCCAGAUUAUUUUAAUGUCAAUGAGGAUACAAUUUUUUAUGUUAUUUGAUACUAAAAUCUAGUUUUGUAUGUGAGAUUUGAUGUUACAGUAGAUGUAAUGCAAGUCAGACUCUCAAAUGUAAACUGUUAUCAUCAUUUUAAUCUAAAUGAGGAUUUCACCUGUUCAAGUAAGUAAUAAAAAAUAAGAUUACCAUAAAAAAUGUUGUAUGUCACACUCACUGGGCUGUCUGCUCAUAUGUUUGCAGGUUUU